AAGCAGUUCCGGUUCGGAUUCCAGUGGCUGCGGGAGCGGCAGAGACUAGCCCAAGCGAUGCCUGCGCGCAGCCGCCACCGCCCCCGCCUCCACUCCGGCUCGCCUCCCCGGCCUCCGCCUCCGCCGCUCGAGGCGCUUCACUCUGGCCAGGCCCGGAGGGCCGGUGAUUGCGACGGCGGUUCGGACGCCGACUCGGAGGUGGGUCGGGGAAGCCCGACUCGGACCGCGGAGGCAGUGGAGGAGGAAAUGGCUGUUCCUAAUCACCUCUGUAUUCGUCGCUGGACUACCAAGCAUGUAGCUGUUUGGCUAAAGGAUGAAGGCUUUUUUGAAUAUGUGGACAUUUUAUGUAAUAAGCAUCGACUUGAUGGAAUCACAUUAUUAACAUUGACUGAAUAUGAUCUCCGGUCUCCUCCUCUGGAAAUCAAAAUCUUAGGGGAUAUUAAAAGGUUAAUGCUUUCAGUCCGAAAAUUGCAGAAAAUACAUGUCGAUGUUUUAGAAGAGAUGAGAUACAACAGUGACAGUCCCAUGGGUUCCAUGACACCUUUCAUCAGUGCUCUUCAGAGCGCAGAGUGGCUCUGUAAUGGGGAGCCUGCACAUGACUGUGAUGGACCCAUCACUGAUUUGAAUUCUGAACAGUACCAGUACAUGAAUGGUAAAAACAAACAUUCUAUUCGAAGAUUGGACCCAGAGUACUGGAAGACCAUAUUGAGUUGUAUAUAUGUUUUUAUAGUAUUUGGGUUUACAUCUUUCAUUAUGGUUAUAGUCCAUGAGCGAGUGCCUGAUAUGCAGACCUACCCACCACUCCCAGAUAUCUUCUUAGACAGUGUUCCUAGAAUCCCAUGGGCCUUUGCCAUGACAGAAGUAUGUGGCAUGAUUUUGUGCUAUAUUUGGCUCCUGGUUCUUCUUCUUCACAAACACAGGUCAAUACUUCUCCGAAGGCUCUGUAGUCUGAUGGGCACUGUAUUCUUGCUUCGCUGCUUUACCAUGUUUGUGACCUCCCUGUCCGUGCCAGGACAGCACCUGCAGUGUACUGGAAAGAUAUAUGGCAGUGUGUGGGAGAAACUGCGCCGGGCCUUUGCCAUUUGGAGUGGCUUUGGUAUGACCCUAACUGGUGUUCAUACUUGUGGAGAUUACAUGUUCAGUGGCCACACAGUCGUCCUAACUAUGCUGAAUUUCUUUGUCACUGAAUAUACACCAAGAAGCUGGAAUUUCUUGCACACUUUAUCCUGGGUUCUCAACCUCUUUGGAAUCUUCUUCAUUUUGGCUGCUCAUGAACAUUACUCCAUUGAUGUGUUUAUUGCCUUUUAUAUCACGACAAGACUCUUUUUGUACUACCAUACUCUAGCCAAUACUAGAGCAUAUCAGCAGAGUAGGAGAGCAAGAAUUUGGUUUCCCAUGUUUUCUUUUUUUGAAUGUAAUGUGAAUGGUACCGUACCUAAUGAAUAUUGUUGGCCAUUUUCAAAACCAGCAAUAAUGAAAAGAUUAAUUGGAUAAAGUCUAUCUUUGUAAUGGGUUCGUGAUUAAAUAUACAGUAGUUGUUGAAAGUGAAUAACUUUGCUUUCUCCCCCUAAGCUGUUCCUGGAUGCCUUGCUUUUUGGCUUAUAUGUUGACAAAGUGAAGUUCCAUGUUCUUAGCAAGGCUGUGAUUGUAGAACUCAAGGAAGAGCAAUUGAGUCCUUACAUCUCCGUUUGAAUAGGAAGCUUAAGUAGAUGUUACUGACCCUUCUCUUUUGGCAGACUUAAUGUUGUAAUUGAAGUCAGGCUGUUACCCUCACCUGUUGAGUACUUGCUUAUUGAACUUAAGCAAUUUGCUGAUUGACAGUGUUUUUGUUUUGUU